AAUAUUAGCACUUAAUGGUUUUUAAUAUUUCAAUAUUGUUGGUGGCAGUGAUUCUUUACGAGAAAGAAACGCCAACAAGUAAAAUAAAAGUAUUUACAUCAGUAUUAUUAAUGUCCAGCAUGUGGCGCUAACGAAACUCGUGAUGCAUGAAUUAGAUAUUUUGUUGACGGAAGUUCACGUUCCUAGAAGAAGAAAUUAGCAAGGAUGGUAAGGUUUAAAUCGAGGUAUUUACUUUGUGAGAUAAACGUCUUGGACAGGAACAGCCUCUUGCUCCUGAAUGAUAGAGUUGUCGCAGAUGCUGUGAAAGAUGCAGUGGCUCGUAUACAUGGUGACUAUGGAACGGCGAUGUGCACCAUGAGAUUCUGUGUGAAAUACCUGAAUACCUACACAGGAAUGGUAUUCCUGCGUUUCCCUAAAAUGUGCUACGAACUACUGUGGUCAGCAUUGCCUUUUAUCACUAGUAUUGAAACCCAUCGCCAAAAAAUUCCGUGUUUCCUGAACUGUUUGCACAUAGGAGGAACAAUGAGAACUUGUCAAAAGUUUCUGAUACGCUAUAACACACGGCAGCUCCAUCGUAUGCUGCCAAAUUGUAAAAAUGAAGAGGAAAAGCAACAGAUUCGCAAGGCCAUUCUAAGUUGCUCCUUAGUACAAGAAGGAUUUGAAGAUGAACCAGAUGAUGCUGUUGAUGCUGAUGAUGAUGAAGUCUAAUCUCACAAUGCAGCACACAGUGAUUUAAUCCUCACUUUGUGGUCAUUUUGGGUUUGGUUUAAAACAUGUGUUAUGCAAUUUUGUGUAUUUGGAUAAAUAAAAUGCACACUCGAUGAA